CUCUGGCCUCAAUAUUAUUUGGCUUGCAGGUGCAGUGGACACAUCGAGCCACCCCCGACAGUGACCUCCCUCUGUACGCACACGCAUCGCGCGCCGCCACCUGCAAUACGCCCGCUUUUGCACAGUCACCGUCUCGGGAUUUCACAGAGCCCCUCGCUGGGCGCAUCUCCAACAUGGUCGACUGGAUCGGGCUCGCCAUCCCCUUCGCCUACAUAGGCAUUCUCGUCGGCUCCCUCAGCGUGUUCUCCUCGUUGUACCGCAAGCGCAAGGCCUCUAAGUCGGCAUCGCUGGCGCCGUGGUUCGGGCAACAUCUCCAACGGGACAUCUACCUCACCCUCCUCCAUCAAGAGCCCGAAGCGGGCUCGCCCAAGGUCUCGGACGGCCACCUCAAGGCGGCGCUGCUGCGGAGAGCAACAGAGGAUAUUCACCGUAUUGUGCAGAUCAGGAAUGCGAAGCAGGCGCUGAGCACGCUGUUGCAGAGGGGCAGUGUAGGGGAUGAUCUAUGGCAGCGCUUUCAGAGGGCCGAGAAGGAGAUCGAGGAAGAGUUGAGGGAUGUUGUUAGCGAGGCCAACGCAUUCUCUCCGAACUGGGGCCAAACUAUCUUCCAAUCCGCUUCCGAAAUGGCCCAGAACGCCCAAAUCCGCACCCGCAUCACCGAGAUUCAGGGUCAAGCCAGCGCUGAGAAGGAGUGGUGGGAGAAGCGGAAGGCGGAUAUCUCCUCAGGGCUUAUGAAGGAAUUAGACGAGGAAAAGACAACGAAACCAGCGUUAGCUUCAAACCCAAGCAGCAACAGCGCCAAGCCAGCAGCGGCGAAGAUUGGUAGCGACGACGACGCGGUGUUGGUGGACUCGCCAGCGGGUGGACCGAAGGGGAAGAACAAAAAGAAGGGGAAGCACUGAGAGGGGCCAGCUGUCGUUAGUUUCUUUUCUCUGAUCUGAUAGUAUUAUCCAGCAGCAAGAGAGCACUGCAACCACAAUGCAUGGUCGGUGUUUGGGCGUUGAAAGCAAUGCAUACGGGGGAAAUUUGAUCCUCAGUGCGGGGACGGCAGAAUAACUGUAGGUGUUGAGCUUUGUAUAACACAAGAUAUCUUGCCAGUAUUUAUGUGCACCACUGGACGUGCCACUUUCCGUUAUUCGUCAUACUUGCUUACCUGCAGUGAGUAUGGUAUGUAGGUC